UUAGAUUCUAGCCCUGUUAAUUGUCUUUGAGGGAUUGUUAUACACCUGUGAACUAGACUAGAUUCUGAAUUCUAGUUUCCUCAAGUAUCUGGCUACAACUCUCCAAACUAACAUUUCCAAUUUUCUCCCACCCUUCUGACUUGGAGUAACUUAGAACAAAGUCUGCCCUUGAACCUUCUUGGAAGGGAUUAUACAAAUCCUCCUCACUACCCAGAUGGCAGCCAAACUUCAGGGACUUGGAUCUUGGGUCCACAUCUCCCAAUUAAAAAAGAGCUCCUUCAAAGUCCAGGAAUUGGAAUGUCAGUUCCAGCUGCAGUGCUCAAAAUCAAACUGAUGAGGAAGAGAAUGUAGACUGCUUCCACCCAAGACACUGGGUCAACACUUAUUAACUAGUUUAAUUAAACGUGAAAGGCUUUCUUCUUUUCUUUCCUUUCCUUUACUCUGUAUUGGCCUGGAAAGAUAACACCAUCAUCUGUAUCUCCUAGGCCAUUGCGAAGGGGGGUAACCCUGCAGACUGCUGGAUUUGUCAUCAAAAGCUCUGACCUGUCCAUGAUGCUAGAAGGAGUGCCACCUUAGCAGGAGUGGUUUGUGCCCCGACAGGACUAAUCUUUGUCUGGGGUGGUUAUCAUCCUCCUUGGGCCUGUGGAUGCCCAGAUAGCUGGUGGAUAGCUGGGCAGUGCCCCUAGCUGUUCAUGAACAGAUACCUCACUGGUUGACACCUCUGAAUUUACAUUGUCAAGUUAGAAAGGACCUACCUGGAGGCUUUCAUCAUUCAGGAUUUGCUUCCUUUGGAGGUCCCUGUUUCCCCCAGUUAGGAGCGAACACGAGUGAGGCUAUGAUCAGGACACUGUCCUUAACUCUGGAAAGUAUUGCAGAAUCUGUGCCAUAGCAAUAGCUACCAACAAAGAUCCUUAGACUCGCUGGCCAAAGUUGUUCUUGCUAAUAGGCUAGCCUUUAAUUAUCUUUUAGCUGAGCAAUGAGGUGUCUGUGCUGUGGUCAACACCACAGGCUGUACCCGGGUUAGCACUUCUGGGGAAGUUGAAACCCAGUUAUAUAAGAUCACUGAGCAAACCACUUGGCUUAAAAAGGUGGCUCCUUCUGUGGGAUCUUUUUUUGACUUAUUUGAUUUUGAUUGGUUUGGGUCUUGGGGACCAUGGCUCUGAAGUGCACUCCAGACAUUGGGAAUUAUCCUGCUUACAAGAAUCAUAGUAGUUUCCUUGGCAUGCUGUGUUCUCUCCAAAGCUUUAAAUGCAUGUUUGCAGCCACUAACCACCAAGCAAAUGAUCUCCCUAAGACUGGACUGUCAAAAAAAGACCAAAGAGAAAGACCAACUAAAAAACCAUGAACCUGAAGUCAUGAUCUGUGAACACCAGAGAGACUCAGCAAAAAACGUCAUGACCUGUGACUGUCACAAAGAGGAUAUGUUAAAGCUGUGAGAACUCCAGCACGGUAGCUGAGAGUGGCACAAUGCCUUACAUUUUGAUCCCAUCUAUUAGUUAAGCUUAGAAUCUGAUCAAAAGGAGGAAAAAAGACAUAAUAGCCCCAAAAUAGAGUCACUUGUGCUAAGCCCCAUGUCAGCAAACCAAGACUUAACACCUGACCUCAUUGCAAUUUCAGUCUCUCCCAGGAAUGUGACUUUUAACCAAGUCAAUCUGGAAUUACUUGGUCAGCACUAGUGAGGUCAUCUACUUGAUAGACACCCAACCUUCCCCCAAAGGAAGGUGACUUUGCCGGAAACAUUCACUCUUUGCAGGACAUUUUCUUUUUUCUGCCCUUUUGUGCCUAUGAAAGUCUUCUGUUUUGUACAGUUCCUUGGACCUCCUUUCCACUUGCUAGAUGGGAUACUGCCCAAUUCAUGAAUCAUCGAGUAAAGCCAAUUAGAUCUUUCAAUCUACUCAGAUGAAUUUUGUUUUUUUAACAACAGACAGACUCAGAAUCAUAGUGAAUCAAUAGCAGUGCCCAAGUUUCCUGCCUCCUAGCUCCAGCUAGCUCCCUUGGCUACUUAAAGCCAAAGAAGCAAAACUCUGCUCCCUGACUGGAGUAGGACAAUGAUGCAGGCUGAGGACAGGCUCUUGUCUCCAUCUCAGUUCUCUUCCGUCGGGGGAGCACCGUAUUGGGCAGUGGCAAUUACAGCAUCUGUUUUCUUGGCAGUUCAAUUGAGGUGAUGCUGAGAACAAGCACAUGCAAGAAAGCUAGGUAAGGAAGGAAAGAUAGAGCUGGGGACAGUGGUGAGACUGGUGGAGAAUUCGGGAUGGGGCAGAGAGGGAAGUGCUCUCCUUAACGCAGGGUCAUGGGCCCUUGCCUCUGCCCUGCCUUGACCUGCUAUGCAUGCUGGCUGACUAAUAAAAGCCAGCAGCUGUGCUGGCCAGGGGACCAGAUACAGGCAUGCUGUGUCCAGAACCGCCCCGUACAGGCUUGCUUCCUUGCAUUCCCUUCACCUGUGCUCCUCAGUCUCUCUUAAAAUGGUUCAGAAUUCAAACAUGAGAAGGCUUUCCCAUGCAUACACAGGCAAAUACAUGAAUGUGUGUGUGUGCAUGCAUGCUGCACAUACAUGUGUAUUUUUCCCUAAUGCCAUCUUCAGUCCUCUCAUUCCCCACCUCCCAUGACUGAACUAGAUGCUUUCCAAGCCCUGGGUCUCCCUCCAGUAGACCUCUUCCAGGGUAAAAAGGAUGGGGGCUUUUUAAUCUUUGGGAGAUUCCUCCUCUCGGAGGUCCUGUUAUUCUUCAGUCCUGUAAGAAUCCUGACCUACCAGCCACCAUGUGCCCCAUCCCAACCUUGACUCCAGCAGAGGCUCCCACAGCGGAGGUUAUGAUCGAGGGAGACUUUGUCCUGUGUGCCCCUGUUAUCACUGAGAUUACCUAUUAUGAAUGAAGUUUCCCUGCAGCAGCUUGCUUGUGCCUUAUCUUGGUCAUGUGUUAAUGGUUUCUUCCUCAAUUAGAGUAGAGCUCAAAAUGCACUCUUGGCUCUUCUGGAAUAUCUGUGUGCUCUUGGAUUGUCUUUGGUACUGAGAGGGAAAGGCAUUUAUGCCCUUGGUGGGUCUCUUGGCCUUCUUGCUGCCCUACCACGUGCCAGAGACCCCUAGGAGAAAGAAAAGAUCAGCAGCAUCAAGAGGCCAGACUGGGCUGCUGACCGAGUUAGUAUGCAAGCUGGGUCCUUGCCACUCUCCUGACUUACUCCCAUUGUCUGUUGUGGCCUGGUCCCUAGAAGGGACUUCUGUAUCCCUCUGAGUGUUGGAACUACUCUCAGAAUUUGGGGUCUAUCGUAAUGGGAGGGGUUUGAGCUGGGGGUGACUUGUUUAGGAUGUUGCAAUUGGAGGGCGCUGCUUGUGCACUGUUUAACAUCUGGCUAAAGCUCAUUCCUGUGCUGGGCCUGAGAAGGUCCUCUUGUGAGGCUUGUGUCCAUCACACUGUCGAUAAAGCAUCCUGGGAUUUCUGCAAGCCUGAGUGGACUAGUUUUUCAUCAUAUUCUGUCCUCACCAGGCUACAGCCAGGGAGUUGAAGUGUGACAGGUCAGGCCAGCCAAGGCUGGAUUAAAUAUUAACACAGCUGUCAUCGCCGAUCAGAGAAGCCAGUGUCCCCAAGCCAAGCUGCAGAGCUGUUUGGUGGCCCCAGGCUGGCCAGUAGACAUGGCUCAGUUUGCCCAGGUCCUGGCUGAAAUAGGUGACUUUGGACGCUUCCAGGUACAGCUGCUAAUACUGCUGAGUAUCCCCAACUUCCUGUGUGCUUACUACAUGUUUGCCCAGGUCUUCAUGAUCCAGGAUGAGGCCCACCACUGCUCAGUGGCCUGGGUCAAGAACCACACUUUGAACCUGAGUGCUGCUGAGCAGCUGACACUGAGCGUGCCUCUGGAUGCUGCAGGCGAGCCUGAAUCCUGCCUCAUGUUCCGACCGCCCCCCGACGGUGCCAGCCUGGAGGACAUCCUCAGCCACCGCUUCAACGAGACACAGCCUUGCGAGGCAGGCUGGGAGUAUCCUGAGGACAGGCCCCUGUCCCUAAAGAACGAGUUCAACCUAGUGUGUGAUCAGAGGCACCUGAAGGAGACCUCACAGUCGGUGUACAUGGCCGGGCUCCUCGCUGGGUCUCUCAUCUUUGGGCCUCUCUGUGACUGGAUCGGCCGCAAGGCCACUAUCCUGGUACAGCUACUCCUCCUCGCCCUCAUCGGCCUGGCCACGGCCUUUGUGCCCAGCUUCGCGCUCUACAUGGUCCUGCGUUUUGCCAUGGCUACUGCUGUCGCUGGGUAUGCCUUCAGCAAUGUGACCCUGCGUGAGUAUCUGGGUCCUGAAGCCUUGAACCAUGAUGUGAAGCCUUGGGGUCUGAGCGGGCCACACGCCCAGACUGCCUGUGGGAGCCUUGUCAGGCACCCAUACCACAAGUGGUCACACACAAGGGGGACUGAGGCCCACGUGGACAGAGGGGCAUCCAGGGAGUGCCAGGGAGGGAGAGGGCAGGGGCUGGCCCGGUCUCAACCUCUCUGUUUGCACAGUUACAGAGUGGAUGGGGCCCUCGAGGCGGACUCAGGCCGUGGUCCUGGCCCAGUGCGCCUUCUCCAUGGGGCAAAUGGCGCUAGCAGGACUCGCCUAUGGCAUCCGGAACUGGAGGCUUUUCCAAAUAGCUGGCACGGCACCGAUCUUGCUGCUCUUCUUCUACUUCUGGUGAGGAGGGCUCUGCCAGAGUCAGCACGGUGGCUUCUGACCCGGGGGAGGGUAGAGGAGGCUAAACAAGUGAUCCAGAAGGCAGCCUCGGUCAACAAGCAGAGAGUCUCCCCAGAGCUCCUGAGCCAGCUCGUCCCAGAGAAGACAGGCCCCUCAGGGAAUGCCCGGGAUCUGUUCAGGCACCCCCAGCUCUGGAAGGUGACCCUGAUCCUCUUCUGUGUCUGGUUUGUGGACAGCCUGGGCUACUUUGGCCUGAGCCUCCAAGUCGGUGACUUUGGCCUGGACAUCUACCUGACGCAGCUAGUCUUCGGAGCAAUUGAGGUGCCUGCCCGCUACUCCAGCAUAUUCAUGAUGCAGUGGUUGGGCCGCAAGUGGAGCCAGAUGUUGACUCUGGUUCUGGGUGGCCUCAUGUGUAUUGCCAUCAUCUUUGUCCCAGCAGAUCUGCCGGUGGUGGUCACUGUGCUGGCUGUGGUGGGCAAGUUUGCCACGGCCGCCGGCUUCACCAUCUCGUACGUGUACACUGCUGAGCUCUUCCCCACCGUCAUCCGGCAGACGGCCAUGGGGCUGAUGGGCAUCUUCUCGAGGACUGGGGGUAUCCUCACCCCUCUUGUGAUCCUGCUGGGCGAGUACCAGGCAGCCCUCCCCAUGCUCGUCUAUGGCAGCCUCCCCGUUGGGGCAGGCUUACUCUGUGCCCUGCUGCCGGAGACGCGUGGCCAGCCCCUGAAGGACACCAUCAAGGACCUGGAGCAGGGGCCGUACCCUCGGCCUCCAGAAUCAGUACCUUCAGGAAAGGAGACAGAGGCCUCAGGAAGAACUUCCAGCCCAGGGGUGACUUUUGUGAGCAGUACGUACCUCUGAUUGUGUCUCUGGAGCCCAAGCGGCAGCAGGGAGCUGCCUGAACACUCCCCGGAAAAGGCUGGGCCUGCCCGCGAGCCCUGCCUCACAGAUGGGGACAGCACACCCUGGCCUGGCCCCCAUGCCGGCCCCUGGCCGCCUAGUCCCGAAGCACCCGGGUGGGCCUCCCUCUUCUCGUUGCUUCCCGUCAGCUUUCUCACCCCAGCACCCUCCCAGACCCCGUGCUGGGGUAGGGUCUUAGGUGUAUCGUGGGCUUCACUUGUUCUCUGUCAGUCUUGUGGGAGUAUGGCUCCUCCGGUCCCCUCAGUCUGGGAUCCCCCUAGCCCUGGAAACAGUUAAGCUCAGAACAGAGCAGAUGCUAUGGCCUUUCCAAGGAUGUGGCAGUAGGAGGAGAGAGAGUUUGAAGCUGGGACCUCCCUCCAGGCCAGUGGGAGAAAAGGCUGUGGCUGGGGAGAAGGUUGUACUUCCUUCUAGUGGCUGGCCAGGCCCCGCUAGCUCUGGUGGGGCUGAGGAGAAAAUAAAAGGCAAGCGGAGGGCAAAAGCCAAACUGACCCUCUUACAUCUCCCCUCCCCCCAAGAUGUGAGGGGGAUACGUGUGACAUUUCUCAGGCACUCCUGACUGCCCAAGAUGAAGGAAGGAGAAAGCAAAUGGUCACCUGAUAAAGAUCACAGUUUUUACAAGAAAAGCACAAUCUUGAGAGUAGUCAGACCUCCAGAAACCUAUAGACUCAAUUUCCUGGAGCCCUAACAUCACUUCCCCCGUCCAUAGGAUAAAAAAAAAACCUAUAUAAUCAAUCACUCCUCACACAUAGAAUGCAUCCUUUUCUGUCCAAGGGGUCCUGUCACGGUGCUUUAAUAA